CGUCUAUUGCAUGAAAAAUUUCAGCAAUACGCGGCGAUAAUGAAAGUGUAAACAAACAGCGAAACCGUCGGGCGAGUGUGUCGGAGCGGUGGGUCGAGAAUUCAGUGUCGUUCCGAUCCUCUCUUAUUAACGAUCGUCACCGAAAAAAGAACAAUUACUCCAAGCAUAGCACCAUACAAUUAGCGUCCCAAACGGAGCGUAGAUUUUUUACGAAUUUCUGGGCCGGCGACAGCGAGUCAAAAGACAUGGAUUUCUUGCACCUGACCGGAUGGAUCGGUGGAUUGCUCGAUCUGAGGAACCCGACGCCGCCGGACGACGAUUAUCUCGAUCUGAGCGAAGGCCGCGCCGUCGGGAUGGUGCUGAAGCAGACCAAAGAGGAGCCAAAAGCCUCGGAGAAGAAGAUAGAGAACCUGAAGACGAUCAACCUGGACGAGGUCGCCUGGCACGACACCGCCGACAGCUGCUGGAUCGUGAUCCACGACUUCGUCUACGACUGCACGGAUUUCCUGAAGAACCAUCCGGGAGGAUCGGACGUGAUCCUCGAAUACGCCGGCAGAGACGCCACUCUGUCUUUUAUCGGGAGCGGGCACUCGAAGGCGGCUAGAUUGAGCUUGGAGAGGUACCUGAUCGGGGAACUUCCGCCGGAAGAGAGAAUCUUCCGUGUUCCCGACGGUCUGAAGAUCGCCGGAUUUUAAUUGCCGGAACGGACGCAACCCGUUCCCAUAGAUCCAGUGGUGAAAGACUGAUUUUCUUGGUCCGCCGAGUGUCUCGUGAGUGAACUUUCGACUUCAGUUUCGCUUCGUGGACAUGGCCCGUAUUAUCCGUCCCUCGGUACUUCUUCCUUAGUCGAUCGUCUUAGUCGGCUAAGUUUUGACCGAUGUUUCCAGUCGGUCCUUGAUGGUUUUCCGUAAUUCUGUUCUCCGCAGUUUCGCUGUUUCGGUGCAAUUUCGUUGUCUCGACGCCUCUACGCGAGCGAGAAAUUUAUUCAUUGCGAUUUCGCAGCUCGAAACUGUGAUAUUUUCAGAUUUUUCGAUACCUGUUCGAUUGCAGUUUGUGUCAUUUACACUCGAAUGGCGGACCGUUUUCAUCAUUGAUAACUUUUGUCAAUUGUUUGCAACUUAUUUUGUAAGGUACAAGGUCAGUUCUUCUAUAUUUAAGUUUUAAUUAACUGUCAGGAACUAGAUGAUAGAAUGAUAUUUAUAUUCCGGGUCCGAAUGGACCCGCCGUCCUAGCGUUUAAGGGGUGUUGUUUCGAAGAAAGUAUUUGUUUCUCGGGGAGAUUAGAAUAGAACUCGUUCGAUGCUCUUUUUUAGAAAUCUCUGUUAACGCGCGGAUAUUCUUUUAAUUCUCGGUACUUAAUCAUGACUGAUAAAAUUAUUAAUUGAAGCUAUUACGCGAAGCUGAAAAUAGUGUAUUCUAUGAAAACAAUUGAAUGUUCCGCGCUGAUUCACACAAAUUAAUAUUUAACAGCACGAUUAUAACUAGACCGAGGAUCGUUGUGAAAAAUAAAAAUUGUCCGCAUUGAUUGCAA